ACUGUGGAUCCGUCAUCUGCGACGACUGGAGGCUCUGUAUUGGGUGAUCUAACGCGAAUGCAGGAGUUAGCGCGUAAUCCAAUGGCAUUCAUUCGUCAAUCUCCGACGAGCGGGUCGUUGGGCGGAGUCACCAGGGGCAUUCACGAGGCGAUAGUGCUGUGCGAGGGGGCGGGGUAUGACGUGGUCAUCAUAGAGACUGUGGGCGUUGGACAGUCCGAAGUGAGCGUAAGUGAGAUGAGCGAUAUGUUUUGUUUACUGCUGUCGCCAGCACAUGGUGAUGAGUUACAGGGUGUGAAACGUGGUAUAAUGGAGCAAAGUGAUCUGCUGAUAAUAACGAAAUGCGAUGGAGAGCUAGAGAAGAAGGCGAGGCUAACGCGAAUGGAGUACACGUCGGCACUGAAGUACAUGAGACCUCGAGCUGAAGUGUGGCGACCUGAGGUGAUGGGUGCGUCGAUCUAUAAACCAGAAACAAUAAAGGCGGUGUGGAGUACGAUGAUGCGGUUCUGGGAUAAUGCGUUUAAGACG